AUGGACGGUUGGAAAGCUGCAGAAAGAUCUAUUCAAAACAAGAGCCAUGCAAGCACGUCAAACUCGAGGACAAAAUGCUCAUCAAGAGAACCCAUUUUUCCUAAACAAAGUCAACAAUCAUCACUAGCAAGGAGUGCCACUAUUGCUCCACCUCGUAGAAAAUUUGACGACUUGGGGAUGUCAUUGUCGAAGGCCUUAAGGAACUUGUUGCAGAAGAAGUUGAUUCAAACGUUAACACCGGAACCUGGUAGAGAAAAGUUUCAAGAUCUGAUCGACGCUAAGAUCAUCCCAAAGCUCCAAAGAAUGAAGGCAUACAUCGUGGACAAGAUCAAAGAGGAAGUUCAGAAACAGCUCGACGCAGGAUUCCUUGAAGUGAUUGGAGAAAGCACAACCCAUAAAAUUUUGAGGCACUUUGUUGAUGCAAUCAUUGAUAUAUUUGGUACGGAGUAUCUACGAAAGCCAAACUCAGAUGACAUUGCAAAAUUGCUUCAAGUCGGUGAAGCUCGUGGCUUUCCAGGAAUGUUGGGUAGUAUCGAUUGCAUGCAUUGGAGGUGGAAAAAUUGUCCGACUGCUUGGAAAGUGGGAUCACAUAAUGAUAUUAAUGUGCUAGAACGAUCACAUGUGUUUUCUGAAAUAACAAGAGGCGAGGGCCCUUCAGUUAACUACUCGAUUAAUGGUCACGACUACAAUAUGGGUUAUUAUUUAGCUGAUGGGAUCUAUCCUCCAUGGGCAACAUUUGUCAAAGCAAUUACAUUACCAAUGAAUCGUAAGGCCAAAUAUUUCACUACUGCUCAAGAAUCUUUUAGAAAGGACGUUGAACGUGCUUUUGGUGUGCUACAAGCCAGAUUUGCAAUUGUCCGUGGUCCUGGACAGUUUUAUGAUCGUGCCACACUCAAGAAGAUCAUGUUGGCAUGUAUUAUCAUGCACGAUAUGAUUGUCGAGGAUGAGCGAGAACUUCACCCACAACCGGAUAUCUCUGAAUAUGAACAAAUCCCUUCAAGUCCUCCAAUUCCCAUUGUAACACACACUUAUACUUCAUAA